GCAGGAUUGUUGAUAAUGAAGAAAUUAUUUAAUCUUGUAAUAUUAACUUUGUUCUUGGUUUUGUUUGUACAAGCUGGAGAACAUUCAAAAAAAUCACCUAUAAAAGGUAAAAAUAAAACACCUAUUAACAAAAAGCAAAACCAAGCAGUUUGCUACGAUGACGUCAAUAAGCCUUACGUCUUUUUCGGAACCAAGACAGCGUACAGAUGGAAUAGAAACAAAAAUGAUGAUGAGGUUACACUGCCUGGCUGUGUGGCUCAGCAAUUUUGGAUACUGGCAAGACAUGGUUCACGCAAUCCUACCACAAAGGAUAUGAUAAAACUGAAAUCUGUACUUCCACUAAUUCAAAGUGAGAUAAUGUCAAACUAUAAAGCUGGAAGAGGAUCCUUAUGCAAAGAUGACAUUAAAAACCUUGAAAAAUGGAAAUUUCAUGCUGAUGUUGAUGACGGUGAGCUCCUCGUGAAAGAGGGAUUUAAAGAACUAAAAGGCAUUGGCGAGCGUUUCCAACAUAGAUUCCGCACACUACUCACAAGACCUUUUGUGAAUUCAUCAUACAUAUUUCAACAUACAGACACAGAGCGCACAAAUACCAGUGCCUGGGCAUUUGCCAAGGGAAUGUUUGGAAAGAAAAACAUUGGUGAUGUUUUUUUCCAGAAAUCAUCAACUCCAGACCCCCUGUUGAGGUUUGAUCAAGUAUGUGAUAAGUGGAAAAAAAUUGUCCAUGCAAACUCAGAUGCCCUAAUUGAAAGAACCCUUUUCGAAGAAUCAGACGAUUUUUUGUCAAUGAUCCAGUCCGUCACUCAUCGCGUGGGAUUCGUUUCUACACUGAACUUCAGUGAUAUUAAUCUGAUGUACACAAUGUGCUUGUUCGAUAAGGCCUGGCACCCAAAGAAGCUCUCGCCCUGGUGCGCGGUUUUCAGCAAAGAAGAUCUUAAGAUACUUGAAUAUCGCGAAGAUAUAGAAUUCUACUAUGAGAAUGGCUAUGGAUUUCCCAUAAAUUACGAGCAGGCCUGCUUGCCAUUAAAGAAUGUCUAUGACAGUUUCAGACGGGUUGUGGACAAUGUUUCGUCUAAUCCAAAAGGAAAAUUUUACUUCACGCACACUGGGACGGUUCUCAAAGUGAUGACGCGGUUUGGAUUAUUUAAAGAUGCAAUGCCAGUGAAACAUUCAAACCGAGAGCUAAUGAAGCACCGUGAGUGGCGUACUUCGUUGAUAAGUUCAUUUGGCACGCACUUGGCGCUGGUGCUAUUCAAUUGUACAGAUGGCCAUUACGUCACGGCAUAUGUACAAGAACGCCCUAUCAAGCUGCCUGGGUGCAUGAAUGAACUAUGCAAAUUUUCAGAUUUUUCGGCCCAAUAUGAACCAUUAGCAACUUCGUGUGAUUUCGAAGAAACGUGCCGUAUGUAAUUUUAUUCCUACUCCUUCCCAACCAUAAACAAUAUCUGUGUAUGUAUGGGUCUAAUCAUUGCCAUACAUGUAACUUGAAAGUUUCA